UUUGAAGUAUACAGUGCGAUAGCGGCCUGUCUGUUAAUUGGUGAGAUCAAAUUCGGGGAACGCAGUGGUCUGGACAUGAGUUACGUUGAUGGAAAAGCUGAAGUCGACGCGGUGACAUCGUUGCUUGGAUUGAAGUCGUCUCGUCUCGUAGAAGCACUUACGCAGCCAAGUAUACGAGUGGGUGAUAAGGUGAUCAGGAAGAAUCAAAAUAUGCAAAAGUCAAUAUUCUCCGCCGCCGCACUUGCAAAAGUCCUUUACGAGAGGAUAUUCAAAUGGCUGUUGGGCAAGUGCAAUGAAGCUAUCAGUGCCAAUACCAGCAUGUUAGCCGAUUCGAUCAUGAGCUCUUUCAUUGGAGUACUGGAUAUCGCUGGUUUUGAGAUCGUACAGAAAAAUUCAUUCGAGCAGUUAUGUAUAAACUACACGAAUGAGAAGCUGCAAGCGUUUUUCAAUCACUUUAUGUUCGUACGGGAACAAAGCGAAUAUUUGGAGGAGGGGAUUCAAUGGAUACAAAGCGAUUUCGCACUUGACUUGCAGCCAACUAUCGACAUCAUUGAGAAGCCACUCGGUUUGCUUUCACUGUUAGAAGAAGAAUGCGUUGUUCCCAAUGGUUCCGAUCAGUCACUUCUGCAAAAGCUCUGCACUACGCUGGAAAAAUCACCUCAAUUUAGGAAAGCAAAGCAAUCUCAAAGGUGUCAAUCUGUGAGACAUUUCACGAUCAAACACUAUGCGGGUAGUGUCGACUACAAUAUCGACUCAUGGGUGGAAAAGAAUCGUGACGUCGUCGAGAAUGCUAUACUAGAGGUGAUGGGAGAAUCAACAAAGCCUUUUGUGAAGAGCCUUUUUCCACCAGGUAGUUAUCAUAAUCUGGCACUUUAUCAACAAGAAAAUGUCCUAAAUCAUGUCUCAACGGAUUUGACUCGAUCUCGCCGUGGUACGCUUUGUCAGUCGACGGUUACCUUCCUCUACAAGAAUCAACUAAACAGCCUUCUGGAGACAUUAUCAUCGUCAUCAGCUCAUUUCAUUCGAUGUGUCGUGCCGAACUAUGAACGUGUGCCCAACAAAAUCGACGGACCCCUUGUACUCAGUCAGUUGAGGUGUAACGGCGUUUUGGAAGGAAUACGAAUCUGCCGUGAAGGCUAUCCGUCACGUCUCUCAUUUGCGGAAUUCGUACAAAGAUAUCGUAUGUUCGCCAAGGAAGCUCCUCAAAAUGGUGCGAUCGAAUACAGUCGUGGUGCGGAUGAGAUCUGUGUGGCAGCUGGUGUUGAUCCUCUUCGUUAUCAAAUUGGCAAGACAAAAAUCUUUUGUAAAAUAGGAGUUGUAUCAGAGCUAGAGGCUAAAAGAAGAGAUUACGUCAACAAUAUUAUCACCAACAUACAAGCACGUAUUCGUUGGAUUCACAUGCAGAGAGAUUGUCAAAUGAGGAAGAAGCGAUUAACGGCUACACGCACAAUACAAAACAAUGUGCGCAAGUUUGCUGAACUUGCUGACUGGCCAUGGUACCGAGUGUUUAACCUUGUCCGGCCGCUCAUACCUAAGGUAGGUGGAGCUUAG